ACCCGCCACCAUCGCUACCGGAUCAGAUGAUCCAGUCCAAACCGGGAGCAUUUGAACCCUGGAGAGGGGGCUGGGAUGGGACCAAGAAUGGAGAAGAUUGUUUCUUGACUUACUUCAUUGAGAAAUGGAAGGUUUGAAGAUGGCUAGUCAGUUUGGUGUAGUGUAGUGAUUAAGGAAUCGGGCUAGAAACCAGAAGGCUGUGAGUUCUAGUCCCACUUUAGGCAUGUAGCCAACUGGACCUUGGGCCAGUCACUUUCUCUCACCUCUAUGAAGAAUCUUGUCAAGAAACCUGCAAGGACUUUUUCAGGUAGUCUCUCAGGCAUGAUUGAAUGGAGUGGGUGGACGGAAGGUAAAGGCGAUGCAAGACGCUACCAGAGAGGAGAACCCUAAUGAGCAGAAAAGCAUCCUAAUUAAAGAGAAAGGUUAACUUGGUGUACAGAUAAAUCUACAUGCACAUUCUCUUGUGUUUAUACUAUUCCGAGUUUCCUACUACCAGAGCAGAACAGAUCCUGUUGCAGGGGUGAAAUCUACUUACCUUCCUUACUGGUUUGGAAGUGCAUGCACUGCAUGUGUCACAUGCACACACACACCGUCUGCGCAUGCGCAAAACCUUUGCGGAUGUGCAGAGGUUACAAAACAUAUUACUUCCUGGUUAAAACCGGGAAGUAAUGACAGCCAGGUGGGCGGACGGAGCCUCGCACCGCGAUUGCUACCAGUUCUUCGAACCACCAGCCAAGAUCACUACCGGAUCGGGCGAUCCGGUCUGAACUGGGAGCAUUUCACCCUUGUCCCAUUGGUAAACUCUUUGAGUUGCAUUGAUAAAUUUAACUCAUUUCCAGACUUAAAACAAGAUUUGAAUUUGAUGAUAGAAUAGUUAGCUACUUUUGAUGUACUAUCUAUUCUUUCCCUAGCAGUCUCCCUGCCCAAACUAGCGAAGCUGGACCCAGAACUGAACAUUGAACUUCCUCCAAUUCAUUUCACUGGGAGAUUUUGCAUCUUAGAUUACCUUCAGAUUUGAAGUAGCUUGGAAUCUCAUGGUUUCUGGGUCAAAUAUGAAUUUAUAUUUGUCUUCGUACAUACGUAAAAUGUAGUAUUUGCUUAAUCAGGGACUCUGUUGGCAGGAGAAUGAGAAAGGAGUUUAUUAAUAUGAAUAGGUCACUACUGAAGAGGUUUAGACUUACUGGGUGCAUCAAGGUAUUGUUUCUGCAAGUUCUGUUUUUGGAGGACCAAAUGGCUAAUACUCCAAUUGUGUCCUUUCCCUUAAAGCAAUGGAUCCAGCCAUAGUGAUUUGUGCAUUAAUUACUAAUAGUGAUGGCAAUAGUACUUAUAUACAGCUUCACAGUGCUUUUAUAGCCCUCUCUAAGAGAUUUACAGAGUCAGCAUUUUGCCCCCAACAAUUUGAGUCCUCAUUUUACCAACCUCGGAAGGAUGGAAGGCUGUGUCAACCUUGAGCCUAGUGAGAUUCAAUCUGCCAAAUUGUAGGCAGCCGGCAGUCAUCAAAAGUAGCCUGCAGUACUGCAUUCUAACCACUGCGCCACCGUGACUCUUAAUUAGAUUACUUUAACAGUUUUGCUAAGUAGAAAAACAUUUUGAACAUAUUCUAUAACAUCCUUCUUGCACAUGGAACUCUCUAGAUGUGUUGGGCUACCAUAAUUCCAAUUAGCCUAGCCUUUGGUAUUUUUACCAUCUCCAUUUUGGUUCAUAUUUUGUAUUUCUUUUUGUAUUAUACACAUCAUUUGUUCCAUCUGAACAUGCAUAUUUUCAAGAAGAAUUUUGCAAUAUUUGUGCGGCUGCCUGUUGAACAGAGCAGUGGUGGUUCCAAAUUUUUUUACUGCCGGUUCUGUGGGCUUGGGCAUGGCAUGGCUUGGUGGGUGUGGCUUGGUGGGCAUGGCAGGGGAAGGAUACUGUAAAAUCUUCAUUCCCACCCCACUCCAUGGGAAGGAUACUGCAAAAUCCCCAUUUCCUCCUGAUCAGCUGGGGCUUGGAAGGCAGAGAAUAGAAUAAUUCUCUGAACUUAUCAAAAUUUCCAUUACCGGUUCUCCAGAACUGGUCAGAACCUGCUGAAACCCACCUCUGGAACAGAGGGAAAAAAAGAACCUUACUGGUGGAGUAGAACAACAUGCCAUGGCUUGUCCUGAAUGUCAAAAGUCACCAAGAACUUAUACUUUUCGGCACAGCUGGGCCUGAAGAUAUAAACACCGCCUCCUGCACUCUUACUUUUAAAUAUGCUCUGACCUACUUUAUUCCCAAGUCAGCAACAUUCUUUUAUGACUUCAUCAAUGACAACUUCACAAGACUCAAAAAGGCUGAAUAAGAUCCAGCCUAGGGAGCAGGGGAUAAUGUGCCACUUUCAGGAGGCCUAAAGUUGGAUUUCUGGCCUGAAAAUGUCUCUUUGUGGGGGUUGAUUUAUUUAUUUUAAUUACUACUAUAGAACAGGCAAAGGCAGAAUGUCAACAGCAUUGUCUUAAUCUGACAUGGAGAACCCUUUGAUACCAAGUAGGUACUAUCAUUGCCUUUCUAUGUAAGCGUGCCCCAUAGAUGUAACAAAUGUUCUUCCCCUGAUGUAAAAUGAAGAGGUCCUAGCACAACUGACAAAAAUAAAUACAAAAGUGAAUGUUUUGAUUCAGUAGGUCAUUAAGCUUGUCUUCCUGGCUCCGUUUGUCUUCUUUCUUCCUAGCAGCCAGCCCUGCUAUGUCUCAUCUUCCUGGAAGGACAGGUUUCCCUGGGGGAUGGAAACCCUGUUUUCUCUCACAGAAGCGUCUGACAUAAAACACAAGUCUAUUUGGGCAAAACAUUUCAGCCCUGUUCUUUGCUGUAAAAGCUUUCCAAGUGGUUUUCCAGAAUGAAUUAAAAAAUCCUCACUCUGAAAUGUGUAAUCAGAGAGAUUCAAAAAAAGAAAAAAAGAAGUGUAAGAGAAGUAGAAAACAGUAAACCUGGGCCCAGCAACUGCUACCAAAUCCUAAUAAAGUCACUGGGAUGGAAAAAGUCCAGGUAGAGGAAAAGCCCACAACAUUGGUCCCUCAGCAAUGCUGAUGCUACGGCCUUGCCUCCUAGCUCUCUCUCUCUUCUCUGCAGCCUGAUGAAAGGCCACAGUAGGUCAUUGAUGGUGGGAUAGUCCUUGGCUCCCACAGAUGGAGUUAGUUGGUACGAUGCAGUAGCUAGAGGGCUGGUUUGGAACUAGAAAGACCAUCCCAGCUGCCAUUGACAAUAUGGCAUUUUUCACUAUACUGUGUAAAAUGUCUUCUAGCCCCUUAUGAUUCCCUUUCCUUGUCGGCAUCAAUAGUUACAGACAAUGCCACUUCAACCAUCAGAACAGAACAGAAUAACAGAGUUGGAAGGAACCUUGGAGGUCGUCUAGUCUAACCUAGCUGAAGCAGGAAUUCCUAUCCCAUUUCAGACAAGUGGUUGUCCAACCCCUUCUUAAAAGCCUCCAGUGAUGGAGCACCCACAAUUUCUAGAGGCAAGCCUCCAUUCUUCUCACCUCAGGAAAUUUUCCCCUUAGUUCUAGGUUGCUUCUCUCCCUGAUUAGUCUCCAUCCGUUACUUCCCACUCCCCCCUCAGGUGCUUUGGCGAACAGGUUGACAGCCCCUCAAACACUGGAAGGCUGCUAUCAUGUCACCCCCAGUCCUUCUCUUCAUUAGACUAGACAUGCACAAUUCCUGAAGUCGUUCUUUGUGUCAUAGCUUCCAGCCCUCCAAUUAUUUCCGUUGCUCCAUCAAUAGCAGAGAACCAUGUAUUUCGGUGUUACUGAAGGGUUCUCUAAAUAUUUUUAUUUUGGAGUUAAUACAAAUCUUGCUUUGAGCAAGAACACGCUCAAGACAAAGUAUAUUGGACCUGAAAUGAAUCUUUGCACUGUAUCUAUAUAUGUGUAUAUGAUUGUGGGUUGAUGUUGAGGACAGUGGCUGAUGAACAUAGGCAUAGAUGGGAGGGAUUUAAUUUGGUCGAAACUGCUCGAAAUCCAUUUUAUCAUUGAGAUUCUAUGUUUCUACCAGGCCAUCUACAAGGCAGACAGUAUCACUGCAGCCAAGUGGUUUACAGGUAUUCCUUGACUUACAACAGUUCAUUUAAUAACCAUUCAAAGUUAUAAUGGUACUGAAAAAAAAUGACUUAAUGACUUUUCACACUUAACAACUGUUGCCGCAUCCCCAUGGUCACAUGAUCAAAAUUCAGAUGCUUGUCAACUGACUCAUAUUUUUGAGGGUUGCAGUGUCCUGGGGUCAUGUGAUCACCUUUGCCGACCUUCUGACAAGCAAAAUCAUUGGGGAAGCCAGAUUCACUUAACAAUUGAGUUUCUAAUUUAACAUCUGCAGUGAUUCACUUAACAACUGUGUCAAGGAAGGUCGUAAAAUGGAGCAAAACUCACUUAACAAAUGUCUCACUUAGCAACAGACAUGUUGGGCUCGGUUGUGGUUGUACGUCGAGGGCUACCUGUACUAUGUUUCGUUUUUUCAGUGUCAUCUGCUGCAAAUUCUUUCUACUCAUUUUUGAUAUCGAAUCAAUUUAAACAUUAUAUUGGAAUAAGAAUUUGAAAAAUGAGAGAGGAAAUAGCAGUAUUUAAGGGCAAAGGGUGAGCAAAAAUGGACCUCAUUUAUCUAGCCAAAUUAUCAUUUUGAUAUAUCUGCGCUGACCCAUUAUUUUUUGUUGCCCUCUCUUACGGUUUAAAACAUGUAUGAUACUUAUGUCAUUUUCACUACUUUUCUAUUCUUUGGAAUUUCACCUGCCUUUCUUUCAUUUCCAGUCAUCCGUUAAGAUUUCUAUUUGGAUUAGAGCUGUACAAAUCUCUUGGCUAAGCAGUCUGAUUAAUCAAUAUGCUAAACCUUAAAAUGGCUUGUUUAGUUUUUGGCGUAUGUGUUGUAUGAGCCCAAACACUGUUAUUCUGUAUCCUGCAGAGAGGAUAAAAGUCUCUGAACUGCAUACAGACUGGCAAUGCAUUAAAUUAUAUUUUGGUUCUAAAUGUAAAUUAAACAUUUGGCUAUGGAACUGGAGCAGGCAUGUGUGAGUGUUAGUGCUUCCUUAACUUAAAACAUAUAUUUUUCUAGGGUUGUGUACCUACUGUGGGAGCCCAGAAAAAGAUGCUGUUUCUAGGGAGGCACCAGUAUCUGUAGUGACUACUCCGAAGUCCUUUUGAGUUUUUAGACCUGAAGUGCAGCUCAUUUCUAAAUUUAAACCCAAAGCAGAGUUCCUGCUGGGGACUGUGUGGAAGGAUGGCAGCUGCAGAACCUUUGACUGCUUUCUCCCGUUGGUACCUAUAUGCCAUUCAUGGCUACUUCUGCGAGGUGAUGUUCACAGCUGCUUGGGAGUUUGUGGUCAACUUCAACUGGAAGUUCCCAGGUGUCACCAGUGUAUGGGCACUCUUCAUCUAUGGGACAUCCAUCCUCAUUGUAGAAAAGAUGUAUCUGUACCUAAAGGAUAAGUGUAACAUACUAGUGCGCUGCCUGAUUUACACCCUAUGGACGUAUCUUUGGGAGUUCACAACUGGCUUCAUUCUGCGCCAGUUUAAUGCCUGCCCAUGGGACUAUUCACAGUUUGACUUGAACUUCAUGGGCCUCAUAACCCUGGAGUAUGCUGUCCCAUGGUUCUGUGCAGCAUUUAUCAUGGAACAGCUAGUCAUCAGGAACACCCUGCGUUUGCGUUUUGAUGAGAAUGCUGAACCAGGUGUACCUACAUCUGUUGCAACCUUGGCCAAUGGUCAUGUGAAAACUAACUGAAUCGUACUUUAGACUACACUAAGACUAAGCAAUCUCUUCUGCCCCUUCAUUAGAGACUUGGGAUGAUGGCCUCAACAGCAAAACCCCUGUUUCCUUUAUGAUAAACAAACCUCCUUGGUUUGGAGGUAUGCAUGAAAAAGUGGAAUCAGUAGGUUUUCUAUGAAUUUUAUUCUCUUUCUCUCUCUUGGUUCCUUUUUUUUAAAAAAACUGCAAGGAUCAUUGUCAACUACCUGUUGACUAGAUAGUUUGACUUAUAACUUACUCAGAAAACAGUCUGUGAUCAGUACUUUAUUAUACCUGGGUUAGAAAAAACAAAAGGCUGGCUCAAAUUGUUCAAAUAAUAUUAGUAGAUAGGCACAGAUCUCCCCAGUUGACUUAGUGAUUGGCUUAUAUUCCAUUCAGGUGCUUGCUUGCAACCAAUACCUCCCAUGGGACCUGAGAUGCUGCAGAGUCAAGGAAAAAUCAAUUUCUAUUGAAAAAGCCCAACAAAUGGCAGACUACUAUGGAGAUAGAACUUGCCCUGUUGUGUGCAUUCCUUAAGGCUUUUUUAAGUUGCACCACAGUGUAUAGUAUUAUGGUGCUGGACAUCCUGCUGAAUUUCUAUAAAAAUAUCACUUUUUGAAUCAUCUAUUCUGACGCUCACUAGAGAGUUUGUUUCCCACUCUCAUGUACCUAUUUUUUAAAUAAAGAACUAUUUUGCUGGAUAAAGUCAAUCAUUGCUGUACAACCUGCAUUAUAGAUAUGUAGGCAAAAGUAGGAGAAAAAUGGCUAAAAGUCAUCCUUACCUCCUCCUCCUCCUCCUCACACUUUCUGGUGGAACUCAAUAGGAGGGCUCCUUCAGAGCUGAUUCUUGCUAACUUUCAUUGUGACUGUUUACACAUCAUCCAAAUCUUCUCUGGCUUCCUCCAUGGGGAAUUUUCUAGUCUCAGAAAUCCAAGUGUCUAUAAAUAUGGACUACUGACAUCUCAUUGAAAUCUUUGUUUGAUUCCUGGAUUCAUUGGGAGUUGGAAUCCUGCAGGACAGACUCUUGAAAGGCCUGUGGUCAGUCUUUUUUGUAUUGACCUUCUCAGCGCUGGUGUUCUCAAUGUACAAAUGGCAGAAUUAGCAGUGCGGCAGUAUCUCUUCAUAAAGCUAUUUCUGAGCAACAGUUGAUGGUAUCUCACUGUUGGCUGGGGAGGAACUUUGAAGGAUCAGCCUUCAAGAUGGUCCAAGUGAGUGGAAAAAUAGCACAAAAGGGCUGCAUAUAUUUUGAGGUCUGGGACCAAAGUGAAUGUCCCAAGAGAAAUGUGUGGUAGGCAGGGGUGGUUAAAAACGAAAUGGCAAUGAACAAGAAGGGAUUCUUUCGGCAGCCAUCAAAAGAAUCUGUUCUUUAGGUUCAUAGAAUGAAAGAGAAAUGAAAAAAGGGAAGGGAGUCACUUGAACUAAAUACAUCCAAUAGCUUUAAGAAGAAGAUAUGCUAUCACUAGGCUUCUUGGACCAGAAAAGAAGACCAAAUAUCAUUUGCAUAGAAUGGAAUGCACUGAGACGGAAUUGCACCAGCAAUGGAAUGGGCUUGUACUUUUGUGGUGGCAACACUUCUUUUAUUUAAAAUAAGACUGUCUUGUUGUUUGAUAAACAACUGUUAAUUUUUAACUACCUGGCAGUUAUUGUAUUGAGGAUCUCCUUGCCUGAUAGGUUAGGACCACCAUUUGAAGAACUCUCUGCCCCCAGUUUCCACUGCCAGGGAACUCUGGGAUUUCUACUCAUAACCCACCUGAUCGCAAUAGAUUUGGAAAGGUUGAGUUCUGUUCUAGGAACAACAAAAUGGGCAAGCUGCUACUCUGAGUAAAAGUUGUGUGGUCAUGACUAUGAACGAAGGUAAUAUUAACUUGAUUGAUAUUUUCAGAGUCUGAUUAUUUUAUUUCUUUACAUUUCCCCACAGACCAGAUAUCCAUUGCUGGUAGUGGAUGAGCAGGAAUAUUAGCAGUGGAAGUAUUCCCAGGUCUACCCUAUUGUAUUUAUUCUCCUGACACACUUAACAGGAUUAAACUUUGUAAUUUAUAUACAACUUCUUAUAAUUCUUGCUUUUUUAUUUUUAAUAGCUUCUGAUCCAAACUAUGUUUCAGGAAAAGGAGGGACCAUGAAGAGGAGAAACCUCUGUUAUUAGCUCUGCAAUGAUGGCUAUCUAUACUAAAAAAAUAAGAUGAUGGAGUGAAUCAUAUUUUUUUACAUGUGGCAGGAAAUGGGCUACAUUUGCACUUUCUGGUAACCAUAAUCUGUAACGCCUCGGAAAAGGCUAAAGACUUUCAGUCUUGCCAUUACUUGAAGAUAUGUAUUCUUGGUUCACUUGAAAUCCACGAAAUCAUGCUACAGGGGUUAAUAAAUUGAUGAGGAUGAUGUUAUCCGUUCAUUGUGUCUGACUUGUAUUACAAAUGCACUAAAUGAAGGUUAAAGAUAGUAAACUUACUGACUACAAAGGAGUUGGAUUUUUGUGCUGGUAAUACCAUUUCCCUGCAUUUGACAAUGCUGUAAUACAAUUCUGUAUUCUUUAGGGUUUGGAGACUAUAAUUUGAUUCUAAAUGACCUGAUGUUUCAUAGUGGGUCAAUAAUUAUGACAUUUUGCAAACACGUUCCAUUUUCCUCUGUUACAGCAGCACCUUCUAAAACUUACUUGAUGUAAUUUUCUUUGUGCACAAGUGUAUCCAUGCACAAACACAGAAAAUCUGUAUGCCAGAAACUAGGCUGAGCUAUAAUUAUUAAUAUUGUUGGUGCAGAGAUAUUCUUUUUUUUAAUUUGAAUUUAUAUCCCGCCCUUCUCCGAAGACUCAGGGCGGCUUACAUUGUGUAAGGCAAUAGUCUCAUUCUAUUUGUAUACUUAUAUACAAAGUCACUUAUUGCCCCCCCAACAAUCUGGGUCCUCAUUUUACCUACCUUAUAAAGGAUGGAAGGCUGAGUCAACCUUGGGCCUGGUGGGACUCGAGCCUGCAGUAAUUGUAAUUGCAGGCAGCUGUGUGUUAAUAACAGGCUGCAUUAGCCUGGUGAGCCACUUCCCAUUCUUGAACCUGGUGUGUUUGAGAUGCAGUGGACAAAUCCCCAGGCAGCAUAUCUGGAGAUACCAGGUCAGGGAAUAUUCAACAUCCAUCAGAUAAUUCAUUGAUAGGGUAAAUUUCCUUUCAUUCAAUGCCAAAUUCUCUCCAAGUUAUCCUAUUAGCCAGACUGUGCAAAUCUCAUUUCUGGUCUGGAGGAAAUCAACUUAAUGUCAGCCAGAGAUUUUUCGCUUUUAUUUUAUUUAUGUUUCUUCUCUUUUUUCCCCUCAAUUCAAAUGGAUGUGAGGGUGGUGGGAAAAAAACCAAACUACUGAUGUUUUAUUACUGAAUUAUUGAUGACAGUUAUAUUAUUGAUAAUAGUCGCCAAAAGGCAGUGGAGGAUGCACUGGCAUCUGAAAUGCAUAAUAAUGAAAUAAAUCACUUAAAUUUUUGCUUGUAUGUGUAUCCUCCUCCAUAAAUUAAAAUUGCCUGUUUAAAUUCACCAGCAAUAAAAAAAAACUUGUGGUUUGUUCGUUUUGCCCUCUGUCACUUAUAAAAUGGCUUGUGAUUUAAACGCUGAAAAAUUGAGAUGGACAGCGAAUGUCUGUAGGUGAUGAACUUUCUUAUGCACACCCCAAAUUCAAAAGCAAUUCAUCUUUUAAAAGGAUAGAGAACCCAACAGUCUUGAAUAUUUAGUAUCUAUAUUUUGUUAGACAGCUGUCCUGUCCUCGUCCCGUCCUGUCAGAUCAGUCUUCUCAAAUGAGCUUCAUUCAGAUGUCCUGAAUUUAACUCCUGUAAAUUCCUGGUCAGCAUGGAAGCCUCUAAAAAACCUGGAAUAAACACAAAAACUCCAUCAUCCUGUUUUAGUUUGGCAUUGGGCAUCAUAUAAAAAAGGCACAUUUUGUCUAAAAUGUGUUAGGCCUGGACCAGGGGUGAAAUCCAGCAGGU